AUGAAUGAGCAGAUGAUGCGACCUCCGGCGCCGCUGCCGUUCCACCAGAUGUGGGCGGCGGUGCCGGCGGCUCCCCCGCCGGCGAUGGAGCCUCCGGUGGCGGGGUUCAAGCCGGCGCGACCGUCGUGGAAGCGGUCGGCGCGGACGCCCUGGAAGCGCAAGGCCCAGCCGCCGGCGUCGUCGGUCGGCGCGGCGGCCCCGCGCAACACGACGUCGUUCCUGAUCCGUGCGAAGCGGGCCGGGGGCGUGGCGUCGCUGGUUUCGCCGUACCCCGUGACGCCAGCGGUGCUCCCGACGCCGGUCCUGUCGCCGGCGCGGGAGGUGCUGGUUGAGAUGGCCAAGGAGGCGUGGGGCGUGGACGGGUACGGGUCCAUGAAGGGCCUCAUCCGCCUCCGCGCCGAUGCCGGGGACGCCACCGGCGACGACUCGGGCUCCGGCGAGAGCGACGUGGAGGAGCACGUCGAGGUGGAGCGCCGCCUGGACCACGACCUCAGCCGCUUCGAGAUGAUCCACCUCCCGGACGCGGCCGCGGCCGCCCUGGGCGUCGGCGGGGAGGACGACGACGAGGACGAGGAGGCGCGCGCCGCGAGGCUGGAGGAGGAGAACCUGACCCUCCGGGAGCGCCUCUUCCUGAUGGAGCGCGACAUGGACGACCUCCGCCGCCGGCUCCUGGCCGUCGAGGAGCUCUGCCGGGACCGCCACAGCGACGGCUGCGUGGUGGACGCCGCCACCGCCGCCGUCGCAUCCCCCGGCGCCGGCGAGGAGGCGGACACGGUGGACGCCAUGGCCAUGGAGAAGUGA